AUCCACGUCGAGCCCGCCCUCCGUUCGCGGCUCGCAUCCACGCCCGACUGGCGCGCGCCCUGCUCGGCACUACGCGGCUGGAUCGAAGGCGGCCCCACUGGAGGCAGCAGAGCGAGAACCGCCGCAUCACGACGAUGACAAGGAGAAGCGACCCGGUUGCCGUUUGAAAGAAGAAGAAGAAAACACCCUCGAAAGGAAGACAAAUCACUCAGGCAUCAUGAUUCCCGUGAUGGAAUUUCGCCAGUUCUCGGAGCAGCAGCCCGCUUUCCGGGUCCUGAAGCCCUGGUGGGAUGUGUUCACCGACUACCUGUCCGUCAUCAUGCUCAUGAUCGGCGUGUUCGGGUGCACACUCCAGGUCAUGCAAGACAAGAUCAUCUGUCUUCCGCACAGAACACCGACGCCCCCCGACAACACCAGCGAAGUGGCCAUAAAGCUUUUACAUCUCCAUUACAACGUCUCAUCCGGGCCGAAAGAAAUGAGCGGCCUUAAGACGGACCUGGACCUCCAGCAGUACAGCUUCAUCAACCAGAUGUGCUACGAGAAGGCCCUUCACUGGUACGCCAAGUACUUCCCUUACUUGGUUCUGAUCCACACGCUCGUCUUCAUGGUGUGCAGCAACUUCUGGUUCAAGUUCCCAGGGUCCAGCUCCAAAAUUGAGCACUUUAUCUCCAUGCUGGGCAAGUGCUUCGACUCCCCUUGGACCACCCGGGCUCUGUCCGAGGUUUCUGGAGAAAACCCAGAGGAGACGGACCACAAAAAGAGCGACGCCGCGGCAUCGCCCGCGGGCGUGGCUUUGGAGAAGACUCAAUCCCUUCGUUCCAUCCCGGAAAAAAUGGUGGCGGACAAGCCGUCGGCAAGCGUCCUGGAUAAAAAGGAGGGCGAGCAAGCCAAGGCGCUUUUCGAAAAGGUGAAGAAGUUCCGCUUGCAUGUGGAGGAGGGCGACAUCCUCUACAUCAUGUAUGUGCGGCAGACGGUUUUCAAGGUGUUCAAGUUCCUGGUGAUUGUCAUCUACAACAGUUCCCUGGUGGACCAGGUGCGCAACAGGGUGCCCUGCGAGGUGGAGAUCCAAGACAUGACCGGCUACAAGGACUUUGAGUGCAACCACACCAUGGCGCACCUCUUCUCCAAACUCUCCUACUGCUACCUGUGCCUGGUGGCGGUCUACGGACUGACCAGCCUGUACACGUCCUACUGGCUGUUCUACCGCUCCCUGAAGGAGUACUCCUUCGAGUAUGUGCGUCAAGAAACGGGGAUCAGCGACAUCCCGGACGUGAAGAACGACUUUGCCUUCAUGCUGCACAUGAUCGAUCAGUACGACCCGCUGUACUCCAAGAGGUUCGCCGUCUUCCUGUCUGAGGUCAGCGAGAACAAGCUGAAGCAGCUCAACCUGAAUCACGAGUGGACGGCAGAGAAGCUGCGGCAGAGACUUCAGGUCAACGCCAACAACCGCCUGGAGCUGCAGCUCUUCAUGCUGCCCGGCCUGCCCGACACGGUCUUUGAGCUCAGCGAGCUCCAGUCGCUCAAGCUGGAGAUCAUCAACAACGCCAGCAUCCCCGCCUCCGUCUCGCAACUGGAGAACCUUCAAGAGCUCUCCUUGUAUCAGUGUUCCAUCAAGCUGCACACCACCGCCACAUCCUUCCUCAAAGAGAACCUCAAGGUGCUCCGCGUCAAGUUCGACGACGGCAGGGAGUUCCCCGGCUGGUUGUACGGCCUCCGAAACCUGGAGGAGCUCCAUCUGACCGGGUCCCUGUGCCCAGAUGCCUCCAAAAACAUCGUCCUCGAGUCACUGCGGGAUAUGAAGUGUCUGAAGACGCUCUCGCUGAAGAGCAAUCUGACCAAGAUACCCCAGUCCAUCGUGGACGUGUCCAGCCACCUGCAGCGGCUCUACCUGCACAACGACGGCACCAAGCUCGUCAUGCUGGGCAACCUGAAGAAGAUGACCAACUUGACGGAGCUGGAGAUGGUACGUUGCGACCUGGAGCGCAUCCCGCACGCCAUAUUCAGCCUGAGCGGCCUGCAGGAGCUGGAUCUGAAGGAAAACAACCUGCGUUCCAUCGAGGAGAUUGUCAGCUUCCAGCACCUGCGCAAGCUCACCUGCCUGAAGCUCUGGUACAACGGCAUCAUGUACAUCCCUGAGCACAUCAAGAAGCUGGGCAGUCUGGAGCGACUCUACUUCAGCCACAACAAGAUCGAGGUCUUACCUUCGCACCUGUUCCUGUGCAACAAGCUGCGGUACCUGGACCUGUGCCACAACGACAUCCGCUUCAUCCCGCCGGAGAUCGGCGUCCUACAGAGCCUGCAGUACUUUUCGGUGAGCUGCAACAAAAUCGAGAACCUGCCAGAUGAGCUCUUUUUCUGCAAGAAGCUCAAGACGCUGAAACUGGACAAGAACUCGCUGUCUGUCCUCUCGCCAAAGAUCUCCUACCUCGCCCAGCUGUCCCACCUCGAACUCAUGGGGAACCAUUUUGAGCUCCUGCCGCAGGAGUUGGGCUGCUGUCGGGCACUCAAGCGCAGUGGCCUGGUGGUAGAGGACACCCUCUUCGAGACUCUGCCAUCGGACGUCAGGGACCAGAUGAAAGCCGAGUAAAAGACGCCUUACUGUCACCGCGGUGCCUG